GCUCACACAACACACACACUCGCACACAGACGCUGUACGAGCCUCACCGUGUGAACACUAACCAUGGCUGAAGGAGGAGAAGGCGAGGAUGAAAUCCAGUUCUUGCGUACUGAUGAUGAAGUGGUCUUACAAUGCUCAGCUACAAUCCACAAGGAGCAACAAAAACUUUGUCUUGCUGCUGAAGGCUUUGGGAACAGACUCUGCUUCCUCGAGUCCAUUUCAAACUCCAAGAAUGUACCUCCAGAUCUGUCAAUCUGCACUUUUGUGCUGGAGCAGUCGCUGUCUGUACGAGCCCUGCAGGAGAUGCUGGCCAACACCCAAGAGAAGGCGGAUGGGAUGGCCCAGGGAGGAGGUCAUAGGACUCUACUGUAUGGACAUGCUGUGCUCCUGCGACACUCUUACAGUGGAAUGUACCUGUGCUGCCUGUCCACCUCGCGUUCAUCCACAGACAAACUGGCUUUUGACGUGGGGCUGCAGGAGGAUACCACAGGCGAGGCAUGCUGGUGGACCAUCCAUCCAGCAUCAAAGCAGCGCUCGGAGGGAGAAAAGGUUAGAGUGGGAGAUGAUCUCAUCCUGGUCAGCGUCUCCUCUGAAAGAUAUCUGCACCUGUCCUAUGGUAAUGGCAGUCUCCAUGUCGAUGCAGCCUUCCAGCAGACACUGUGGAGUGUGGCUCCCAUCUGUUCUGGGAGUGAAGUAGCACAAGGUUUCCUUAUUGGAGGAGAUGUUCUGCGCCUACUUCACGGUCACAUGGACGAGUGCCUAACAGUUCCUUCUGGGGAGCAUGGAGACGAGCAAAGGCGGACAGUGCAUUACGAAGGUGGAGCCGUGUCCUGUCAUGCCAGGUCACUGUGGAGGCUGGAGACACUGCGAGUCGUGUGGAGUGGGAGUCAUAUCCGUUGGGGUCAGCCAUUCAGACUGAGACAUGUGACCACAGGGAAGUAUCUGAGCAUGGUAGAAGACAAGUCUCUGUUGCUGAUGGACAAAGAGAAAGCUGAUGUCAAGUCUACAGCCUUCUGCUUCAGGUCUUCCAAGGAAAAGCUGGACCUGGGUGUGAGGAAGGACGUGGAUGGGAUGGGGACUCCUGACAUAAAGUAUGGUGACUCUGUGUGUUACAUUCAACAUGUUGACACCUGUCUGUGGCUUACUUACCAGACUGUUGAUGCCAAGUGUGCACGCAUGGGUGGAGUACAGAGAAAGGCAAUCAUGCACCAUGAGGGGCACAUGGACGAUGGGCUGACACUAUCGCGAUCACAGCACGAAGAGAGCCGCACUGCAAGGGUCAUCCGCAGUACUGUCUUCCUGUUCAACUGCUUCAUCAGGGGUCUGGACAUACUAAGAAAGAAAGGAAGGAGCUUUACUUUGGAUCUGCCAAUAGACUCAGUUAGCCUGAGCCUCCAGGAUCUAAUAGGUUAUUUCCAACCGCCUGGAGAUCACCUAGAACAUGAAGACAAACAGAACCGACUGCGAGCUCUGAAGAACCGUCAGAACCUCUUUCAGGAAGAGGGGAUGAUCAGCCUGGUCUUGGAGUGCAUUGAUCGGCUUCAUGUCUACAGUAGUGCAGCUCAUUUUGCGGAGGCAGUUGGAAAGGAGGCUGGAGAGGCCUGGAGCGCCAUCCUCAACUCCCUCUACCAGCUACUGGCUGCACUCAUCAGAGGGAACAGGAAGAACUGUGCCCAGUUCUCUGGUUCACUGGACUGGCUCAUUAGCAGACUGGAGCGACUGGAGGCUUGCUCUGGUAUAUUGGAGGUGCUUCACUGUGUACUGGUGGAGAGUCCUGAAGCACUUAACAUAAUCAAAGAGGAACAUAUCAAGUCUAUCAUAUCUCUGUUGGACAAACAUGGUCGGAACCACAAGGUUCUAGACGUGCUGUGUUCACUGUGUGUGUGUCACGGCGUGGCAGUGCGCUCUAACCAGCACCUGAUCUGUGACAACCUGCUGCCAGGAAGAGAUUUAUUACUGCAGACCCGCCUGAUCAACCACAUAAGCAGCAUGCGACCCAACAUCUUUUUGGGCGUCAGUGAGGGCUCUGCCCAGUACAGGAAGUGGUACUACGAGCUGAUUGUGGAUCAGGUUUUGCCAUUUGUCACAGCAGAGGCCACUCACCUCAGGGUGGGUUGGGGCAACACCAAUGGCUAUGCACCGUACCCCAGUGGAGGAGAGGGGUGGGGAGGCAACGGGGUGGGUGAUGACCUCUAUUCCUAUGGCUUUGAUGGACUCCAUCUUUGGUCAGCCCUAGAAUGA